CAGCAUGCUAUCGCCUUGAAGCGCACUGCAUGGCGAAGGAUGUGGUGAUGCGGUGGAUGCCGUAUUCCACAACAUCCCACAUCGCCGUGCGGGGGGAAUUAAAACGACUGGGAUCGAAAUGACACACGAGUUCCUUAGAAACAGAGCCUGCGCGUGUGUUUUUUUUUUUGUUUUUGUUUUUUUCUUGUGUAAUUAACUGGACGCGUUAAAGGCGAGACGAUUAUGUCCCCCAGGUCCUAGCGAAGGGAUGUCCACGACUGCAACAGCGCCAAACUAAAAGAGGGGGGAGGAGGGCCGAAAAAAAAAGGCAUGAAAAUAUGGUGAGCUUGCGCGAGAUCCUCUUCAUGGGCACAGCGGGUCUCUAGGAGCUAAAGGAGCCUGGUCCCCCAGUGGAGAUGUGUUUGGCUCUGUUUGACAUGCCGCUGACGUCUUCACCACCCCGCAGACUCUGAAUUAUGGGUAACGUGGAGAGCCAGUGUGGCAGCCAUAGUUUCUACGGCGACCGGAAUCGUCAGCUCUCCCGGAAGCGCGUGUCCCGAUCCUUGCGGUUGUCUGGGAAGCAGUCGUACCACUCCCGCCAUGGCGCGUCCGGAAAGCCAGAGCACCGCAACUCGGAGACGAGCACGCGCUCGAGCAGCACGCCCAGCAUCCCGCAGUCGCUGGCAGAACACGGCCUGGAGCCGUUCAAUGACGCCGAUGCCCUUCCGGACUUCAGCGGCACAAUCUGGGUGGACCGGGUGGCCAUGAACCUGCGGCCAAUGCCCUUCCACGCCGAGACAGGCGCCCCCCUGGCCACAGGCCUCACCGCCGACCGCGAGCGGAGCGCCGACCAAGAGCCGGACGGCUCCGAGCCACUAGGGGGAGCCACCUCCCUCCAGCCCACCCAGGACGGGCCCCGACAGGACAGCGACAACUUCCUUAAGAAGCGCUCCAAGUCGGCAGACAUGUGGAGGGAGGACUCACUGGAGGUGUCUCUGUCCGACGGGAGCAUGGAGCACCUGACGAGCACGGAGGAGAUCGCUGCUGUGGCCGAGCAAGGCCACGCCCCCGACGCCACCCGAGCCAGCUCAUUGGAUGAGCUGUACGGGCCACAGAGCCCGGCGGGUCGCCCAACUCACUUGCGCUACGUGAAGCGCCACAAAGGCGGCGCUGUAAUGGGGGACGGUGACGAGGACAAGAUGCUGUCACUGUGCGAAGAUGAUGGCGCCGCCUACGGAGCCUUUACUCUGCCCUGUCGCCGAUCCCACUGUCUGUCAGAGGGACUGACCAAUCACCAGGGAGCCAUGCAAGGGAGGCGGGCACAAACCAUACAGGACGUCACAGCGGGGGACGGUAGCGAGCUGGAGGAAAGUGGGCUCGAUGGGCUGAUUGGAGAGAGCGAGGGGUCCCAGCACCUCCACUCCCGCCGUUACAAGGCCAUGUCCACCUCCUUCUCUGCGUACUCCACGCCAGCAGGGGGCGCCUUUGCCGGCAGUGACAGCGGCAGCAGCAGUGGAGCUGGGCCUGGAGAAGGAGUGCAGGGGGUGUAUGAGAACUUCCGGCAGGAACUGGAGCAGAGCGCGUGUGAGGCGGAGCUUCCAGAAGAGCAGGUGUCAGCUCUGAGCGACGAGCAGAGCAGCGUCACCCUGAGCUCGGCCUAUCACACGGAGCCACUGCUGGGACUGGCCUAUCACACGGAGCCACUGCUGGGACUGGCCUAUCACUCAGAGCUUGGCAUAGCCGCCGCCCAGGGCAGCGUGCGGAAGGCUGGCCGCCUCACUGUCAAGAACCUGCUCGUGCACAAGAAGAACAAAAAAGUGGAGCUCGCCGCCCGUCGCAAGUGGAAAAGCUACUGGGUCUCCCUGAAAGGAUGCACUCUUUUUUUCUACGAGACGGACGGGCGAUCCGGGAUCGAUCACACCAGCGUCCCCAAGCAUGCUGUUUGGGCCGAAAACAGCAUCGUGCAGGCUGUUCCGGAACACCCCAAGAAAGACUUCGUUUUCUGCCUCAGCAACUCAAUGGGUGAUUCCUAUCUUUUUCAGACGUGUAGCCAGACGGAGUUGGAGAACUGGGUCACGGCGAUCCACUCUGCAUGCGCGGCGGCUUUUGCUCGGCAGCAUCGCCGUGACGACACCACGCGGCUCCUGCGCUCCGAGCUCCGCAAGCUGGAGCAGAAGAUUGACAUGGAUGAGAAGAUGAAGAAGAUGGGAGACAUGCAGCUGGCCUCUGUCACCGACACCAAGAAGAGGAAGACAAUCCUGGAGCAGAUCUUCCUUUGGGAACAGAAUCUGGAGCAGUUUCACAUGGAUCUAUUCCGCUUCCGCUGUUACUUGUCCAGCCUGCAGGGCGGCGAGCUUCCCAACCCCAAGCGCCUCCUGGCCUUCGCCUCUCGUCCCACCAAGAUGGCCAUGGGCCGCCUGGGCAUCUUCUCCGUCUCCUCCUUCCAUGCUCUGGUGGCAGCACGUACAGAAAGUGGUGUUCGCAGGCGGGCUCACGCCAUGUCACGCUCCACCAGCAAACGCAAGAGCCGCUUCUCAUCACUGUGGGGGCUGGACACCAACUCCAAGAGAAGGAGUAAAGCGCACCCCAGUAUCGAGCAGGUUUUCGCAGAAGGGGAAGAGCCAAUGAAGAGCGCUCUGGAGGGCAUGUUUGGGGAAUCUUCAAGGGAGACUCUCAAAGGUGACCCAGCAUGUGUGAUUGGCUCACUGAGGCCAGGAGCAGAGCAGGACGCCUGGGCAAGAGGCCACCUCACGCCCUCCUGGGUGUGUCUGCCCAACGGGCGCCCCGUGCUAGCCAUCGUGCGACCUGGAGAGUCCGCGCUCGACACCCUGGAGACCAUCUGCAAGGCUAAUGAGUUGGAUCCCACCAAGCACUACCUGCGGCUGAAGUUCCUGAUCGAGACACAGGUGCAGUUCUACAUCCCCAAACCGGAGGAGGACGUCUACGACCUGCUCUACAAGGAGAUUGAGCUCUGCUCCAAGAUUCGGAAAGUCAUACAGUUUGAUCGGGAUGAGUCCUGCAUGAUCGGAUACGGUUUCUCCAUCUCCGUGGUGGAGGACGAGGGUGUGCAGCAGCUCUACAUCACAGAUGUCAAAGCAGGAGGCUUGGCGUUCGCUAAAGGUCUGAAUGCAGGUGAUGAGAUCCUGCAGCUCAAUGGGAAGGACUCCAGUUCUCUGACCUUCUCGGACAUGAAGGCAGCAUUCUCACAGACGUCCCUCUCGCUCACCGUGAACACGCUGCCCCUGGUGGACCGGAGGCAGCACUGCUUCCAGCCCCCUAGACGCUCAGACGCUGUCCAGCACCUCCAUACUGACAUCUUCUCUCAGAACCAGGAGGAAAUUCUGGAUGACGGGGUUGGUCUCCUCUCAGAGACGUCAGGGGACAGCCUGGACGACGACUCCGAGCUCUUUGGUGAAUACGAUGACUACGGAAAGAGCACAGAGCAGGUAGCCGCCUUCUGCCGCAGCCUUCAUGAGAUGAAUCCUUCACCGGAAGCCGUCUCCUCCUCUUCCUCCUCCUCUGGGAUGGAGUCUUCCUCGCUCACGGCGAACGCUACCACCCCUCGACAGCUCUCCGACGCGGACAAACUCCGAAAGGUCAUCUGUGAACUUGUGGAGACUGAACGCACCUAUGUCAAAGAUCUGAACUGUCUGAUUGGAAGAUAUCUAACUCCUCUGCAGAAAGAGAGUUUUCUGACCCAGGAUGAACUGGACGUAUUGUUUGGGAACCUGCCCGAAAUGGUGGAGUUUCAGGUGGAGUUCUUGCGCACGUUGGAGGACGGGACGCGGCUAGUGCCUGAUCUAGACAAGCUGGAAAGGGUGGAGCAGUUCAAGAAAAUCCUCUUCUCUCUGGGAGGCUCUUUCCUCUACUACGCAGACCGCUUUAAGAUCUACAGUGCCUUCUGCGCUAGCCACACCAAAGUGCCCAAAGUGUUGGUAAAAGCAAAGACGGACCCAGACUUCAAAGCGUUUCUUGAUGAGAGGAACCCUAAGCAUCAGCACUCGUCCACGCUGGAGUCAUACCUGAUCAAACCGAUCCAGAGGGUGCUAAAAUACCCCCUCCUCCUGCGUGAGCUCUACACACUCACCGACCCAGACAGCGAAGAGCACUACCACCUCGACGUUGCAGUGAAAGCCAUGAAUAAAGUAGCCAGCCACAUUAAUGAGAUGCAGAAGCUUCAUGAGGAGUUUGGUGCUGUGUUUGAUCAGCUCAUCGCUGACCAGACUGGAGAUAAGAAAGAGGUGGCUGACCUGUCUAUGGGAGACCUGUUACUACACACCACGGUGACCUGGCUCAAUCCUCCCUCCUCUCUGGGCAAGUGGAAGAAGGAGCCCCAGCUUGCCACCUUUGUUUUCAAGACUGCCGUGGUGUUCGUAUGUAAGGAGUUUUCCAAACAGAAGAAGAAAAUGGGUGGGUCACACCGUGCUUCUAUCUCUGGAGAGGAGAAGGACCCAUUCCGAUUCCGUCAUAUGAUCUCCACUGAUGCCCUCCAGGUCCGUGCCCUUACGGUGGCAGAUAGUGACAACGCUGCAGUUUGCGAGAUCAUCCAUGUGAAAUCCGAGUCAGAAGGAAGACCGGAGAGAGUGUUUCACCUGUGCUGCAGCUCUCCAGAGAGCAAGAAGGACUUCCUGAAGGCUGUGCAUUCCGUUCUGCGGGACAAGCAGAGGCGUCAGCUGCUGAAGACGGAGAGUCUCCCACCCAGCCAGCAGUACGUGCCGUUUGGAGGGAAGCGUCUGAGCGCUCUAAAGGGGGCUCGCCCUGCCAUGAACCGCGCAGCUUCUGCCCCCACACGCAUGUUGGGCCGUCGUAAGUUGGUGCGGAACCGUUUCACCAUCGACACGGACAUUGUGUUCGAUGCGGAUGGCGAUGCGGAUGGUGACUCGCCGGACUCCCAGCCUGCCCUGCAGCCGGGGGAUACAGACCGCUGGGUGGAGGAGCAGUUCGACCUGCAGCGCUACGAGGAGCACGAGCAGGUGAAAGAGACGGAUAUACUCAGCGAUGAGGAAGGUGAUGAAGACCACAGCCACUCAGCGCUGAGCCCCACGACGGAGCAGGAGCUGGAAGGGCCCCUCUUGGCAAUGUCACUGGGGGGAGACGCUGCUGGGAGAAAAAUGGACGAGGACGAGCAAACCAAAACUGAAGGCAGGGAAGCCACAUCCCAGCAUGCUUUGAGGCUCUCUCAUCUGGGAAAGCAGUGUGCCAUGUCUGUGGCCAGCGUGGAUGAGCAGGCAGUGCUCAGUGAUGAGGUCAUCUGGGUGCGACGGGAUGAGAACAGUCCUGACGGAGAUGCACAGGACGCGUCGCAGAGCUGAAGGCUAACUAGCGUCUUGAAGUAAAACAACUGAUUCUGGAUCAGCCACAUCGGCUGCCCCUCAGUCCUCCUAUAGGAGAACUUUUCUUGCAAAGUUCACGUAAAGCGCCACACCGCAGUUCAGAAAUGAAAAUGUUUCCCCAAGAUAAAGAUAAAUAUUCUUACCUACCAUGGUUUUAAAAUUAUGACCCACAUUUCUAAAUGUUUUCCCUUUAUUCAAGCAUCUUAUCAACCAUUGUUUUAACACACCUGAUCUCAAGAUUUUAAUUGGCUGGAAGACUUCAGCCAACUAAACUGCAAUAUGGGUCUCCAGGAAGUGGUCAGGCAUUAGGAUGAGGGAGGAUCCCAAACCCCAUUCUAUAUCAAACCUAAUGCUAUAUCCUGUGAAAUAUGAAGCAAUUGUCCUCUGGAGGGAGAAGGGAGUAAAUUUUUCAAAUGUUGUCCUUUUGAAUUCUACCCAUUAUGAACCAACCAUAAUUGCAAUUCAACCCAAUCAGAACCCAAUCAGAAUCGGAUAACAUUUGACUUUUCUGCAGGGACCUGAGGAAUGGUCUGAUCAGUGAUGUACAGGUGGCAGCAGACACACACACAAACGCACUCAAAUACUCACUCGUAUAUUGUCGGUUGCGGUGCUUACAAUCAUUUAAUUAUACAUAACGGGUUGAAGAACACAUCCAGCUGUAUGAUAUAGUGCUUUUCCACCACAGACAUCAGCAGACCAUAGAAAUCUCUCCUUCACAAGCUCGUACACUUUGGGGAACACCUUGAAGUACGACCAGGAAAAUUUAAUCAAAUAUUAUAUUUGCACAUUCCCUAUGGCAGCUAUGCCAUGCAACUCAGAAUGCCACUUGCUGGCAAAACUGAGUUUUUUUUUUCCACUUUUUGUUGUUUUAUUUGUUUAUUUCUGCAUAUUAAGCAUCUGGAAGUUGUAUUCUAAAAAGGGUCUUUAUUUAUGCCCUUCUGAAGUACACAGUGAGAAUUAGUAUGAUAAAUAUUACAUGAGUUUAAGUAAGCUAAAUAUUGUCCAAAAUGUGUACAGUGAUGUUUUCAGAGCAGCCUUUUGGGUUGUAUAUAUUUUCUUUUUUUAAGUUAAUGUUUUUAAGGAUUCAAGAUUAAAGAAUUCAGGUUAACACUUUGUACAUAGAUUAUUACAUACACUUAUGUAAAUUAAAAGUGUAGGGGUAGAACCUCAGAUGGCAUACAGUUAUUAAUCUAGUCAUGCAGCAUUUUUUGCUGUUUAACAUAAAACAUCCAUUAAAACAAAAGGGAAAAGGAGAACUAUGAUGAUGAUGAUGAUGAUGAACAUCAGUUAGUGUUUCCCAUGGUGUCUGUAGAACAAUUUGCAGCUUCAAGUUCUUAAAACAGAUGUAGCUAUCUGCUUCCAGUCCUGGAGUCCUAUCUUCUAUAUUGUUCGCUCUGGUUUAAAGCAGUCAAUUCAACUCAUCACCUGAAUAUCAAUGAGUAUAACUUUCAUGAGCCAGAGAAAAACACUAAACUCUAGUAUGGUGGCCCUUGAGUUGUCAUAAAGGCCUUCUUUACCAUAAAAACCCUACCUCCUGCACGUUUGGAGCAUCAGUGAAAGGCAGUGGAAUAUUUCUGUCUCGCUUUCACAUGCAAUAAAGGCACAGUUUUUAAAUAUGAUCAUUUUAGAAUUUCUUUUGUGCUAUUUUCUUUUAUGUUGGUUAAUGGUUUAUUUCCCCCAACGGAUCCUGUUUUACUUGAAUUUUUAAUUGUUAGCAAAGGCAAUAGUGUUGACAGUAAUUAAACGGUGUUCUUUUUUUGGUUGAUUGUAAUAGUUACUGCUCUUACCUGGUUUAAAUGCACACUCAAUGAUGCUUUUCCCCCCUCCCAAGGCUCACUUCAGUACACACCUUGAUCCAGAUGUCUGAAGCUUGUUCUCAGGGACCCAGAGCCAGUCCACAUUUUAGAUCUGUUCGAGCUAUUCAGUGACUCUUGUUUACCCAGAUCGGCUGGAGAAGACCAAAAAUAUGGGCUGGAUUGGGGUCUCUAAGGACUAUUUUUAGCCCCUGGUCAUAACCCUGUACAAUAGAUUAAUGGAGUUAUUGUUGUACUUAUUUUUCUUUCUUUUUCUACAUACUGUUUUUUUCUCAUUAUUGAAAUCCAAAUUUGCUGAAUGCAAUCAAAAGGAGCAAAUGAAAAGUGGAAAAUAUUUUAGAUGGAUUUACUGUAGAAUAAUACUUACAAAGUGUACUCAUUGUGCUACAGAGUGUUAAAUUUUAUUUUGUAAAUAGAGCUGUGUAUUAAUAUUAUAUCAAAUAAAUUUGGUUUCAUAA